UUGAGUUUUAAAAAUUCUAGUUAUUCAGCAAAAAAGGUGAAUCAAUGGGUUGAAAAACAAACAAAUAAUAACAUCAAAGAUUUUCUUCAAGUUGAUGACAUUGAUGAAAAUAUUUAUCUCUUUCUCAUCAAUGCAAUAUAUUUCAAAGGAAUGUGGGAACAUAGUUUCAAUAAAAAUAACACAUUCGACGAAAGUUUCCAUGUUGAUAAAAAUACUCAAAAGAACGUUCCAACUAUGCAAGUAAUUUCUGAAAUAUUUUAUAAAAGCCAUGAAGGACUUGGUGCCGAAAUUGUUCGGCUUCCUUAUCAGGCAAAAGAUGGCUGUGAUCCAAUGAGCAUGAUUAUCAUUUUACCCAAUUGGGAACAAUCAUUGUCCGAUAUUAAAAAAAAAUUGAAUAAUGUUACACUUGAGUCUUUAUAUCCAACUGAUACAUCAGAGAUUCAUUUACAUUUACCAAAAUUUAUGAUUAAAACAAAAUUAUCACUCAAUGAGCACUUGCAAAAAAUGGGAAUCAAAGAUGCAUUUACAUCCAAAGCCAAUUUCCGUGGAAUCACUAAGCGAAAUAAAAUUUCUAUCAGUAAAGUUAUACAACAAGCAUUCAUCGAAGUAAAUGAGGAUGGCACUAAAGCUGCUGCUGCAACAUAUAUGGGUGCUGUGGUCUUGUCAGCGAAUGGCGGUCCUCUUGACAUACAUGUAAAUCGUCCGUUUCUUUUUCUUUUGGCAACGGAACGUGUUAUUCUUUUUACAGGAUAUGUCAACGACCCAACUCCAAAAUGAAAAACUCCGCAUUAUUUUUUUCA